GCUCACAGCUUUCGCUGCCCUGGCUGAAGCACACGCCAUGGGGCUGGUCGUAGGCGGCUCAGGCCACGGCGGCCAUGGCCAAGUCCAUCACUCCGCCGUGCGGCCCCCGCCCGGCUACGGCGGCCAUCCCGAGGUCGUGCACCACGACCACGCGGAGCACGGCGAGGGAUGCGACGACAUAGGUCACUUGUGCUUCGAGCCAACCGCCACGGCCACUGUCGCAUCGUGGAAGUGGGUGGGCGAUGGCAGGGGAGCAUAUGAGAAGGUGGAGAACUUUGCCUACGUGGGGGAGAACCACGGCAGCUUCGAGCGGAGGCUGGUGACCUCCAUCGGGGCCUGGAGGCCGCGCCUGCGGUGCCUGGGCGGCUGCUGCUGCGGCCUGGCCUUGCUAGGAUUGAUCUUGGUUAUUUGGCGGUUUACGUGGUCAGAUGUGGGCCACUCCGAUUUGUAUGACUGCACACAUGACUACUUCCAGUGGCAAGCGGUCUGGCCAGAGGCAAAGAGGGCGUGGUGCUGCGCCGCUCAGAACCUGGGCUGUGAUGAUCCGACACUCCCGCCCACCACUGAGCCGUUCAAUUGCCACACCCGAGAGCUGUGGUCCCCGAGCAAGAAGCAUUGGUGCUGCCACAACUAUGGGCUCGGGUGCCCGCCCCCCGUCACGAUGCCGUACAACUGCCACACCGGCACGAUCGGGACCUGGACUCUCGGAAAGCGUUUGUGGUGCUGCGAGAACUACCAGGUGAACUGCCCGGACUACCAUCCGACCCUUCCUUUCAACUGCCAUGCCGGCCUUUCCAACUGGGAGGCCGGCUGGUCCUUCCCGAAGAAGGCGUGGUGCUGCGCACACGAGAUGCUUGGCUGCCCGGAAACGACCCCGGCGCCCUCGCCGUCGCCGCCGCCGCCGCCGCCGCACUCCAUGCCCUACGACUGCCACGCGGGGUGGAGCAAUUGGAGGAAGGGCUGGUCGGUGGGCAAGAAGCAGUGGUGCUGCAUGCACUUCCACCGGGGCUGCUCCGACAUGCCCUAUGACUGCGACGCGGGGUUCUCCAACUGGCACGCGGGGUGGUCCGCCUCGAAGAAGGCCUGGUGCUGCGAGCACACGCACCGCGGCUGCGUGCCCGUGUCGCUGCCCUACGACUGCAACGCAGGCUACAGCAACUGGCAAGCGGGCUGGUCAGAGGGCAAGAAGUCCUGGUGCUGCACCCACGCGCACCUGGGCUGCCAAGUGGCCUCGGCGCCCUACGACUGCGAGGUGGGCUUUUCCCACUGGAUGGACCUUUGGUCCUCGGGGAAGAAGUCCUGGUGCUGCGACCACGUGCACAAGGGCUGCGUUCCGCAGGCAGCCUACGACUGCGACGCCGGGUUCACCAACUGGCGGGCAGGGUGGUCGCCCACCAAGAAGUCGUGGUGCUGCUCCCAUGAGCAGAAGGGCUGCUCGCACAUGCCCUACGACUGCUCCGCGGGCUAUUCCAACUGGCAGAAAGGCUGGUCGGAUCCCAAGAAGUCUUGGUGCUGUUCGCACUUCCAUCGCGGAUGUGUGGAAGGGGGGUCAUAUGACUGCCACGCGGGGCUCAGCAACUGGGAGGCAGGCUGGUCAGACCCCAAGAAGCAGUACUGCUGCGUGCACUUCAAGCUUGGCUGUCCCAGAUCCCAUGACCCCUAUGACUGUCAUGCGGGUUUGUCUAACUGGGAUGCGGGAUGGUCGGGUGCCAAGAAGCACUGGUGCUGUGCCCACUACAAGUUGGGCUGCCCCGGUGGUCAUUAUCACCACUACACCUAUGGCCACGACAUGGGACAUGACCAUAGCCUCGUCCGCCCAGACAGCCACAUCCAUCAUGCGGACGACGUGGUGCAUCUCCAUCGCUAUGUUGGCGGGCACUAUGGCGGGGCCGUCCCGCUGCUCCAUGCCGACUCGGAGCAGGUCUGAGCUUCGCGGCAAAAAUGGGUCCCUCAGCCAGCUUUCAAGAAGAGUGGCUGAGCAUAGGGCCGGUGGAAAUCCUGGAAAGCCCUUGGAGGGCUCUUAAAAACGAAGCAAGCGAGACGAAGCAGGGCA